UGCAUUGAACGCGCACAAAACCCGCCGCGCCCGCCCGCAGAGCGAGUGCAAGUCGUGAGCGUCAGCGGCGCCUACCGCGCGCUCGUCUGCCAAUCCGGUGGUGGGCGGGAGUGUCCUGUCCGCCUCGGCGCGCCGCGCGCAGCAGCGAAACGGGAGGAGAAGGAGAAGCCAAGGGCCCCCAGCCGGAGCGUAGCGCGGCGCGUUGUGGUCAGAGCGCGGGCCUCGCUUCGCCCCGUCCGCCGUCUCGCCGCGCCUCGUGCCCCGUGCCAGAGCCCGUGCCCACCGCGGCCCCGCCGCCCGCCGCGUUGUGUUGUGGUCGCAGCCCGGCCAGCGCAGCGCAGCGCCAGUGCCGCUCGGAUACAAGCAACAACAACAGCAGCGGCGUGUCGCCGGCUCCGCUCGCAUACUAUGAGCGGCCACCCACAGCGGCUGCCGCCCUCCCGGCUCCUCCGGCCCGCAGGGUCCCUGCGGUCGUCGUGAUCAGUGUUGCCUGUGGUGUUUGCGUCUUUGUGUGUGUGCGCGCGUUUGUGUUGUGACAGUGUGAUUGUGUGUUUCUGUGCUGCCGGCCCGGUGCCAUGUCGCGGUGCCCGGGAUAGCCCUUUUGUUUGUGUGUGUGUGCGCGAGCGCGUUUCUGUGUACCGCGGAGACUCGAGAUCCGUCGUGUCAUCCCAAAUUUCCCAAGCUGGAGGAAAGUCGAGACCGCGGACCCGGCGCGGAGCAGGAGGCUUCAGCAGGACAGCAGCAGCAGCAGACGAACCACCGGCAGUCCCAGGACCAGCAGCAGCAACAGCAGCAGCAGCAGCAACAGCAGCAGCCACCCCCCGGGCCGAGGGGGUCUCCGACGGACACGAUGAAUGAGCACCCGGGCCUGAGAGGGACGCCGCUCGCCAUGCUGGCCGCGCAGUGCAACAAGCUGUCCAGCAAGAGCCCACCGCCCCUGGCCGACGCGGCCGUCGGCAAGGGCUUCCACCCCUGGAAGAAGAGCCCCAGCGGGGGCAGUCAGCCGCAGCAGCAGUCCAACUCAACCCCCAACAACAAUAACAACAACUCGACUAGCAACAACAAUAAUACUACCUCCAAUAACAACAAUAGUAGCAACAGCCAGCCCGUGUCCUCGUCAAGCGGGAGCACGACGCAGAACACGGCGUCCCAGAGGACCAUGUCGUCGACGCCGUCCUCACAGGCCGGCACCGGCAGCUCGGCGUCCUACUCCAGCCGGCAAAUGCCGACGCCAGCCUCGGCGUGUGGCACCGGCUACGGCGGCGACCUCUACUUCUCCGGGGCGGCGGCGACGGGCGGCCAGCAGGACGCGCUGUACUCGCGGCACCCCUACGAGUCGUGGCCCUUCAACGCGUCGCACCACGGCGCCAUGAAGGCAGGCGACAACUCGACGUGGUGGGACGUCCACCAGGCGGCCGCGGCCGGCUCCUGGCUCGACAUGUCGUCCGGGGCAGCCGUCCACGCGCAGAUGGCGGGCUACGGGUCCGACUACUCGUCGCUGAGUCACUCGUUGGCGGCGGGCAACUCGCACCCCCUGGUCGGCCAGCACCUCCUGCAGGACUACAAGACCAUGCAGUCGGCGUCCAGCUUCACCUCGCUGGGCCACCACGCCGCGGCAGCGGCGCACCACCACCCCACCUCGACGCCCACGCCGUCACCGGCGCCGUCAUCGUCGACCCCAACGGCGUCCUCGCAGGCGUCGGCGGCGGCGUCACCCUCGCCGCGGUCGCAGCGGAGGUACACGGGCCGGGCGACGUGCGACUGUCCGAACUGCCAGGAGGCGGAUCGGCUGGGCCCCGCCGGCAUCCACCUCCGCAAGAGGAACAUCCACUCGUGCCACAUCCCCGGCUGCGGGAAAGUCUACGGCAAAACCUCGCACCUCAAGGCGCACCUGCGCUGGCACACGGGCGAGCGGCCCUUCGUUUGCAACUGGCUUUUUUGCGGCAAGCGCUUCACGCGGUCGGACGAGCUGCAGAGGCACCUUCGGACGCACACCGGCGAGAAGCGGUUCGCCUGCCCGGUCUGCAACAAGCGCUUCAUGCGCAGCGACCACCUCGCCAAGCACGUCAAGACCCACAACGGGUCCGGGGACGGCGACGGGGACGGCUCCAAAAAAGGGAGUUCCGAGUCGUGUUCAGACUCGGAGGACAAUUCGCAGUUGGAGAUGGGAGGCGGCGUCAACUCGCCCGCCUCCCUAGGCCACGGGCACACCCACACACCGCCCCCCAUGGGGCUGGGCGUGUCGGGGAUGGAGGACGUGAAGCCGCAAGGGCUCGUCUGAAGCUCGUGGCCGCCGGCGCUGCCCUUCAGGUAGCCGCCGGCCUCUCCCCUGCCCCUGUCCUGUCCCCCCCGCCGCCCCCGCGAGCUGACCCCACUCCCCGUGGGGUCAGCAGUGGCGUCUGGCUGAGCGUGGCUGAGCAGAAAAGGAAAAUUACUUCGCGCCAAGCCCUUGGCGCUGCUUGUUGCAGACCGGGCAGGCCAACCGCUUAUCUCCGAUUUGCGUCCGAACGUGUCUCCUCCGGACCACCCCCAGGUCAGCGGGGCCCCCUACGGGCCCCUGCGCACGGGGCUCCGGACCACCGGGCACCGCCAGGCCAAGUGUCGCUCUCUCCACUCUCUUUCUCUCUGUCCCUCUCUCUCGGCCCCGGGCCUCCUCCAGCGGGUGGUCCGCGAGACUGCACGCCGGCUUUCUAGUCUAACCCACGAUGCUCCGACCGGCGGCAGGGAAGUGGAGGGUGCCUAGGAGAGGCUAGUGAUGCUCUGGCUGGCGAGUCUAGUUGGCCCCGGCGUUUCGCUGA